AUCUAUCCUCUCCAGGAGUCAGAAGAGCAGCUAAAUAAAGAGCCUCUUGCCACGCAUCCUGGAGACGAUUCCGGCGGGCAUCUCGCGUGGCCAGUUGCAGCACUUCGGGCAGCUCAUCAAUAGCGGUAAGUCGGAGAGAUGACAUAUGCCUGAUGCGAGUGGGGAAGGUAAUCCUUCUCCAUCCUGCUGAUGUCUCUCUCCGUUUCAUCCGCAGGCAAAUUCCAGCAAUACGACUAUCGUUCGCCAAGGCUGAACAGCCUGCGAUAUGGCCAGCCCACGCCCCCCUCAUAUCGGUUGAGGAAUGUUCGCCUCCAGCUGCAGAUCUUUCAUGGUACUCGCGAUGCCUUGUCCAGUCAGGCGGAUGUACAGCGACUGGUUAACGAGCUGCGCCAGAGCCGUACGCGGCUGUAUCAGGUUCCAGGCUACAAUCACAUUGACUUUCUGUUUGCCGUCACUGCCUCGCAAUUGGUUUAUGAGCGCAUCAUUCAACAGGCCUGGCAACUGGAUGCAACAGCAGCAGCAGUAGCACUCCAGGGUAGAUGAUGGUGAUGAUGAUGAAUUACAGUGGUAGAGGGAC